CAAGGAUUCCGGCAGUCGUCCUGGUUGCGCUGCCGAGCCAUGAUCGCCGCGCGACCAGCGUCGCUCCGCCUGAGCGCCUCAAGCAGAGCGGCAUGCGAAAGGGACGUUCCGCGCACCGCCGAGUCUGCCACCGCCGAGUCAAGGAAACGCCGCGCCCUGCGAUCCUAUGUCCUCUGUGGCGCAGUCAACGGCAUGCUGGUGGGCGGUAUCGGACCGUGCCUGGAGGAUAUCGGCGAUGACACAGGGCUCGACGCCAAGGGACAAAGCAUCCUGAUCCUGACCAACAGGUUGGCCAAACUGUGCGGCCUGUUUGCGUGGACUGGCGUGGCGAUACUAGUCCGGCGCUGCAAGGCGCGAGGCCAGCCGCCGACGAUUGCGCCGCAUCAGUUGCUGGCCAUCAGCAUGGCGAUGGCGUGCGCCGCCAACUGUGCCCUCUAUCAGGUGCGGUCGUCCGCAAGAGUGGUGCAGGCCGCCCUCGCCCUCUUGGGCGUCUCGUAUGGCAUCACUGACAGCGGCAUGACCCUUCUGACAAUGUGGGCCCUCACCGACGGAACCGCCCAGAGGACCGCCAUCGCGAUGCUGAACGCUGGGUUUUCCGUCGGGGCGACGCUCGCUCCUCUCUGCGUUGCGCUCUCCCUGAAAACCUUCGGCACGCCCUACCUCUCCUUUGCCGCCUCUGCCGGGCUCGCGCUGGCUGCAGCAAUCGCGGUGCUCUGCUCAGGCUCCGCCGCCUCCACAAUGGCCACUGUGCCGGUGUACAACAGCCGCUCGGUCGCCACCGAAAACCUCGCCGCCGCCACGCCCGGGCAGCCUGCGUACAGCCGACUGUUCAUCGCCGGCAUGUCGCUCGUUCUCUUCUUUGUGACGGGGACCGAGCACGCCGUCGGGACGUGGCUGCCAUCUUUUGGUCACGCGGCGGGCGUGCCGCGCGAGAUGAUGGCCCUCGUCAUCAUGGGCUUCUGGCUCGGCAUCCUCUGCGGCCGCCUCGCGUGGGCCGGCCUGUCGAGCAGGCUCUCCUCGGGCUGGCCGGUGCUCGCCGCCAGCCUGACGAUCGUGGUGGCGUCCCUCGGGGUCGUCUGGUACUUUCUGGCCGCCGCGCCGGUGCCGCUUGCGGUCCUCUGGAUCGGCACGAUCGGCAUAUCGAUCGGGUACGCGCCCGCGAUCCCAUGCAGCUACUCGCUGCCCGCCGAGGCGAGCGUGCAGAGCACUCCGCUCCGCGUGCUCAGCCUCAACCUCGGAGGCAGCGCGGGAGAGACGGCGGUGCCGGUCCUGCUCGGCCUCGUCUUCGAGGCCGGAGCGGGCGCCUUUGGGAUGACGAUCUUGCUGCCCGCCUUGGCCUUGCUCGUCCUCGGCCUCCUCUGGAUCGUGGUGUAUUGCGGGCGCGCCGAACGAGCUGGCGCCCACCACCCGGCGCCAGGGUCGUGGACCUGGUCAGCUUCAAAGAGCUGUGCGGUAAUGCAGGAGCUGUCGAAGGCCAAGGGGCGGGAGGCGGCGAUUGUCUGCUCGUCGGGAAGCUGCGACGCCGCCUCGAGCCAAGGCUUGGCGUUGAGCUUGCCAAUCUGACGAGGCACAGGCAACGAGUCGGCAGGCUGACAUCACUGUUUAUUGUACGUCCAUGUCCAUGACUAUCGUCUGUUGGAGGGCUCUCUGCGCGGUGAAGCGUCGGCGCGCACGGCUGGCUGUCUGGUGUCUCUCUCGCAGACAUGCUGGCAGACGCCAGCCUCGCCAGGGACCCCGAGCGGAUCCCCAGCCGCGUCGUGGUGCUCUCUCUCUCUCUGCUCUACUGCUGGCGUCUGGGUCGCGUCUCUCUCGCGCUCGGACGCUCAGCUGAGACAGGAGACACUCUUCUC